AUGACUGGAUUUGAGGUAAUCGUGAUUGAGCAGGACAUCAAAGACAACCAUAAGAAUAAAGCAAACACGGAAAUUGAGAUCUCAGCACUAGUAAUAAUAUUGGAAAAUGAUAUUUUAGUUUUAAUUGAUGAUCCUGGACCCUAUAAUUAG